AUGCCUAAAAGAUUCGUAAGAAGAAAUGCCUUUUAUCUACCAGCGUUAUUUCUGGGUGGAGCAUCCUUAAGCCACUACUUUGCAUCAAAAGAGUUGGAUGAAAUAGAAAAGGAAGCAACCAAAUCUAUUUGGGGAUUUUCAACCGGACUAGUUAUAGGUUUAGUAAUAGGAAUUUGCAUAGGAACAAAUUAUUAUUACAUUUUUAAUAAAAUAUUCUCGCUUUUUGAUUAUUUUAUGAAGGACGAUUCAGAAGAAAAGGCAGAGUGA